GACUGUCCUCAAACUGAAGUUUCAAUCACAUUGGAAGGAGGCCUCUGAUAUGGUUUGUCUGCAUGUCUUACGGACUCUCCUCCCCGCUACGGCCCGAAGUUUGAUCCGUCACAACAAAAUCGGCAUCCGCAACACCUCAGGCAUGUCUGCUGGCUAUAACCAAGCCAAUGUGGUAAUCCUGCACAGAUCACUGGCUGACGAUUUUGAAAAGUUCUGCCGAGCCAACAGUGGCCCCCUUCCCCUGUUAUAUCGCAGUGCCCCGGGUGAAUGGAAGUGUCCGCCGCUGAGCACUGAGUCAGAUAUACGGACGGACUGUCCCUGUAUCGGAGAUAUGAAAAUGGCACCUUUCACCAGGAAGUCUCGCCAACCUUGAGAACUACUCCGAGCAGUUGAAGGACAUGGUGACGUUUUAUCUGGGCUGCAGCUUCUCUUUCGAAAGCACUGUGCAAAAACUUGGGUGUGCUGUGAGGAAUGUGGAGCAGGGGUUAACGUGAGCAUGUACAAGACAGCCAUCCCCUGUCACCAGGUGGGCAACUUCUCCUGCAAUCUAGUGGUCACCAUGCGGCCGAUUCCUCAGGAGAAACUGGACUUAUCGGCCAUGGCAACACAAAC